GAAAUCUUUGCAAAAAUAUAUCCUGCUGGGCAAACCCUUUGAGCUCAAUUAACUAACCAUAAGCUGUAAUAAUACCAGAUUUUGUGUAUUUGAAAAGUUGGAAACCGCCAAUAAGCACGCUUUGUUAACUAUUGUAAUAAUAUCGCGGUGCUGGGACAGUGAGUGAGACACACCUACCCGCAGCGCAUACACAAUACACUUAACAUAUUGUACAAAAUAAAUAUGAAACAGCUGCUCUGCUUGUAUCAUACCGUAGCUUGCAUCCAUAGAAUGCGCUACGAUAACAAUUUUGUGAACGUGUCAUUCUUCUCUAGCUGCAGGUUAAAGACAGAAAUGUAAUUUCCUGGCUUUUGCUCAUACUUUUUUGAUGAUGUACACUCAUUUCUUUAAUAUUUCAUAGUUUCAUUUUCCGUUGUUAUAUUAUUACUGUGUCCAGCAUUCAUCGUACAAAUCCUACCCACAGGAUCCACCACGGCCCAAUCCAACCGAAAUUUGGUCAUUUCCAAGUUAAAGUGGACACAAAGAAAUGCGGCAGUCAAGCGUGCUGAGAGUAUUUAGAACCGCGGAUUUGAUCUGGAACCAACACAGAGCCCAGCUGAUACCUCAAGCUCGCUCUCUCCAUAUUUGCAUUCCACAAGAAUACAAAAAGCGUCCUGACAUCAAGCUGAAAGAGAGCUAUAUUCAUCAGCCCUCUGAAAUUCCUUACCUGGCGACUACAUUGGGUCGAUUAAUUGAUUAUCAAGCGGAAAAAAUCGGAGAUCAGAUUGGUUAUGUCGUGAGUUACCAGAACGUGGAAAGGACCUACGCCCAGUUGCAACAGGAUGCAGAACAGCUGGCCAGUGGACUGCUUGCGCUGGGGCUCAGCCCAGGCGAUCGACUGGGCAUCUGGGGUCCCAAUUCGUACGAAUGGAUCGUUACGAUGUUUGCGGCAUCCAAAGCCGGUUUGAUAUUAGUCAACAUUAAUCCAGCGUACAAAGUCUCCGAGUUGGAGUACUGCUUGAACAAGGUCCAAGUGAAAGCUAUUGUCGCGGCAGAAGGUGUGGCCACACUAAAGUAUUACGAUCAUUUGAAAAAAAUCUUCCCCGAUAUUGAAAAAAGUGAUCCUCACAAGUUACGAAGCACGAGAGCUCCUCAUCUUAAACACGUCAUCAUGAUGACCAACCGUCCAAGGGACUUCCCGGGAACGAUUCCUUACUCCGAAGUUCAGAAGAUGGCAACGCACGAAUAUACGCAAGUGGUGCAUAAAAUCAAUCAGGAACUGCAGCCUGAUGCUGCAUUCAACGUUCAAUUCACUUCCGGGACGACAGGAUCACCGAAAGGCGCUACAUUAUCUUCGUUCGGCUUGAUGAAUGCUGCAUAUUUUUCCGGUCAUCGCCUCGGUGCUGGAACUGAGUCGCGCUCAAUUGUCUGCCCCCUACCGUUGUAUCACGUGUUUGGCUGUGUUGGGAAUCUGGUAUUGGCGACAAUAUUUGGAGUAAAAGUUGUGUUCCCUACUGAAAAAUUUGAAGCAGGCGCAACACUGAAAGCCAUUCAGGAUCAGGAAGGAAACACGGUUUCAGGUGUCCCAACAAUGUGGCGUGAUAUGUUGGACCAUCCGGAAUUAGCGAAAUUGGAUUUAACGUCUUUGAAAUUUGGCGUUAUGGGCGGUGCCCCUUGUCCUCCUGAGUUGGUUAGGGAAGCUAAGCAGAAAAUGGGCAUUGAACAUUUUACGUGUGGUUAUGGCUCAACCGAACAAGGACUGUCGACUUUCGUUGGUUACUUGGGAGAUCCACCGGAAGUGUACACAACCACGACAGGCUUUCCCUUAGACCACGUUGAGGCGAAAGUUGUGGAUGCCGAUGGAAAAGUUGUGCCUAUUGGUAUGACUGGAGAACUUCUCACACGGUCGUUCGGCACAAUGCUGGGUUACUGGGGGGAUCAAGAAAAAACUAGUGAGACCAUACGGCCUGAUAGAUGGAUGUAUUCCGGGGAUUUGGCAACCCUUACCGUGGACGGAUAUUUGAAAAUCGUUGGUCGAGUAAAAGAUAUGAUUAUUCGCGGAGGAGAGAACGUCUACCCUGUGGAAAUCGAAAAUGUUCUUCACGAGUGUGGUCUCGUGGACGAUGUGCAUGUGUGCGGUGUGCCGGACGAGCGAAUGGGCGAAGAAAUUUGUGCAUGGAUCCGACUGACACCGGGUGAAUAUCAACACGAUCCCAAAAACCGAGAAAUUAUUGAACACGAGAUGCGGUGCUUCUGUCAGAAACACCUGGCGAAUUACAAAACGCCAAAAUACUUCGUAUUUUUCAAAUCAAAUGAGGAUAUUCCCAUGACCGUUACCGGAAAGGUGAAGAAAUUCCGUUUGACGGAACUGGCGAUCCCAAAGCUUGGAUUGGAUAAGCUAGCUGAAAAAUCGGAUGCAGAGAACAAAACAGCUGCGCCAGAAAAGGUCGCUGCAGUUAAUUAACACGUAUACUGAAGUACUCAUACUGCAUGCCAAUCAAUUGCUCCAAAAGUGUAUAAAUUUUAUUUUUUCAGUCUUUUAUUUUGUCAUUGAUUCACUUAUAGUAUUACUAAAAAGACAUUAUUAAUUCCGCUAUUUGGUUGUUUUACCCAGUACUUGAGCUAUGAUAGAAAUUUUGGUUUUCUGUGGUAUCAUUUUUGCUGUACAAGAAUCAUUGCCAUGAAGUAAUGCACCCGAAUUGUUCACAUUCCAAGUGGGAAUAAAAAGGUCCGCUAAAAACUGCUGAGCGGAAUGAGUGGA